UCCACGUCUCAUUUUCACGAGAAUAUGAGUAAUUUUUAGUUUAAUAUCAAUUUUCUGAAAGAAAUGCAGGCAUCAAAUCAGCAGAAUACAGCACAAGACGACCAGGUGUCAUGGUGGUUCAAACUCCUCGCCAGGGGACUGGGAACUAUAGGAGGUCUCGUGGCCAUGGUAAUGGGAAUCAUGAGAUGUCUCACAUUUACCCCACUCUGUCUUGUGGCUGGAAUCCUAGAACUAUUGGUAGGGUUUAUGGUCGUAGUGCUGGAGGCACCGUGCUGUUGUCCCUUCCUAGAUUUUAUAGACAAGAUUGGCAAGUUUUCUGAAAACCGACCUUACUGGCAGAAGGGUGCUUUAUAUGUGGGGUCAGGAAUUGUACCAAUCCUUCUGUGUUUUUCAACAACCACUGUGCUUGGCUGUGCCCUGGUGUUUGGAACCGGAGUUUUGUACGGGAUGAUGGCCCUGGGCAAGAAGGCGAGUAGAGAAGAAAUGUUGGCUAAAGCUACUGGCAGUGAUGUCGAAAUGAAUGCUGGACUCAUAGAACAUGAACAAGUUGGAUUACAUGUACCAGACUCUCCAGCCAAGUGAUUUUGAUGUGGUGUCAUGUACAAGGCCCAGUUUUAAGGAAUCAGUCAUAUUUUAAAAUAUUUAUUGUAAAGGUGUUAUGCUAAAUAUUGAACUGAAUGUUAGUGGAACAUAUUCUUUAUCAGUUAUUAGAUCUUAACAUCUGAUCCAAGACACCAUGUUUAUGGUUUUGUACUAAUUAAAUCAGGCCUUAAAUCAAGAAAGUUCAAAUAACCAUUGAAAGCUUUGAAACAGGAAAAGUAGGAAGUAAGAAAAGUUCAAAUAAAUAGCGUUAAUGUAUAUGUUAAAAGAAUUAUUGUUAUUUUUUAAAUAUAUUCCAUAAGUGCAGGUGCAUGAGUUAGGUUGAGUUUACCAUGGUUCAAGAAUGCUUCAGUGACUACAGUAGCUAUUAUGGUGCUGCUUUUCAAUGUGUACAGAAUCGCAUAACGGAUAACAAUAAAAACAUAAUUUAAAUUAUUUUCUAUUGAUUUUUUUUUAUAAAACUGGGUUGAUUGGUUAGAAUUAUCAGUAGGUCCUAUCUUCUUAAUGCAUUCCAUGUAUUUUUUGUGUUUACAAUGUUAGACAAUAGCCAAGGCCAUACCAAAUUGAUUCUGUGUUUAGCGUCCUGCUCCAAUUUUAAAACCUGCCUGAAAAAAUCUGUCUUUCAGGCAGGACAAUAACAAAUGCUGUAGAAAAAAUGUGUUAUUCUCUAUUGCAAAAUUUUCUUGACUCUGGUCAUGAUUAUUUUAUACAUUGAGGUCUAGAAACAAUGUUUCAUAACUUUGUUAAGAUUUUUGUGAAUAUUUUCUUCUUUUCUUUCUGCCUGCCUGAUGCCGCUGAACCUAAAAUCACUUUGGCAUGGUGUGAUUUGUCAGAUGCAGGGCUCAUUCAGCUAUAAAAAUAUGUUGUGACUUAAAAGAAUGGUUUGGACCAAGGGUUGACUUGAUGCCGAGCUUUCCUAUUUGACUACUGUACUUUUACAGGUAACAAAUGUGAUAAAUGCCAAGGAUGGAAGUGAUGUCAGUUAUGUUUAUGCUAAUUGAUGGUAUUUUCCAUAGUUUUAACAUUGACAAUAUGUGUAUUCCAAAAUUCGGAAAUAUUUUUGUAGGAAAUGAGCAUUUUUGUUUUGCCUUCAUUAGAGUGGAAAUGUAAAUCUUUAACUUAUAUGUGGUUUAUAUUUCUUUAAUGAAAGAUGCUUUAGAUAUGCACAUUUUCUGUGAAAACAUGUUCACUCCAAUUGUUCUCAGUCAUUUUCAUGUCAAUUAGAGUUGCAAUAUAAAGCGCUAAUUACAAUAUAUGGUUUCAUAUCUGAUUUUGUCUCCCAUUUAAAAUGUUUUUCAAUAUUCAACCUCAGAUCUAUGUAAUAAGACUUGAUAGUUUAAGCUGAUGUCUCCGGCUCUCCGCCAAUGGAAUUACUCUAUGGAUUCACAUUCUAUCUUUAAAAAUGAUGCCAAAGCUUCAUCUGGUAAUCAUUUUUUAAUUGGGUCAAUCCUCGGUUCGCCCAUGGGCUCGGCAAAGAGACAUUCUGCGCCAAACAUUAAGUAGCUUUAAAAAAAAAUUUGUUCUCCUUAACAAUUCAGUCUGGUAGACCAUAAAAAGCAUUUAUAUAUUAAUCAUCAUUUUUGUUUUUAACCUUUAUCCUUUUCACAAUCUAUUCGAUCUCAAGUUUAUAAGGGUCCUCUUUUAGUUGUUUUAAAUUCUUUUUUUGUGAUUUUUACUAUGUAGAAGAACUUUUAUUCAGUGUCAAAAUAUAUUGAUGGCCUCACUUCCAAAUGUCAAAGCUACAAAACCCCAUGUUUUCAGUAGCAACGUUUUUAGUUUUUAAUUUUUUUUAACAAAAUGCCGAAGUUACAAUCUUUUGUAGGUUCAAUUUCUGAUGGUUCGGGAUUUUUGCUUCUCUUUGAGAUGUCCAAUUAUUGCGUGACAUUUUGGUCACAUGAUACAUCACCUUUUUCUCAUUGGACUAUCUACUCAGCGUUUUGCUGUUAAAUGCGGCUCGCCUUUAUGAUUUAGUGAUAUAAAAAUUCCGAAACAGAAAAAAUGCAGCUUUGGCAUUUUGAAGUGAGGCCAUGGAUAUGUGUUUGAAUAAGGCCACUGUGAUAAAACUAUUCGUUUUUUUCCCUUUAAAUGUUUAUCUUCUAAGAUUAACAUCUAAAUAUAAUUUUAACAAUUAAAGGGAAACUGAUGUAUUAUACCGCACUUAUCAUACAUCUGAAGAUAAUUGACCUGCAAAAUCAGCAACAAUCAUAUAUAUCUUUUAACAAAACUGUUAAAGACAAAGUUGUCAUGAGUGAAGUUUUGGUUUGUGAGCAACCAAAAAGUGUUUUGAAAAUGUGUAUACAUAAAAAUCUACUCUGUGUUAUUAAUGGUUGUUAGUCAGAUAUUAAUACAAUGUUUAUGUACUCUGAAAAUUGCGUCACCUUUUACAUAAAAUACAUUAUAAUCAAGCAUGUUUUAUAUAUGUAACUACUGUUAUGCUUUUUAAGUUUGUAAUUUAUUUGAUAGUUUUGUUGAGGUAAAGAUUUUAUGCUGUUGUCAUUAUUUAUAAAUUUCUGUUAUAAAUUGUUUUUUCUCAAUUGCAUUUCUUCAAAUAUUAGCUCAAUAUAACCAAAUUUGACCGUAGAUAAUAGGGUUUGAUAGAUAAUACCCAACUGGAGAGAAAUAGUGAGGAAAUCAAAUGAACUAUCUUUUCUAGUACACAGGGUAAAUGGGAAACUAAAACAAAUCCAGUUAAUAUACAAUAUAUAGUAUCCAGGCAAUAAUUGAAUCAUCUUUGGGGAGUAAAAUGGCGUUUAUGAUAUUGUUAAAAAAUGGUACAUGUAUUGUUUCAGUGUUUAAUCUGUUGUAAUUUGGUUUAUUCCCUAUACUUUAAAUAUUUGUAAAAAAGUAAACGGCAUGUUUGUUGGAAUUCAGUAUAUUUCAAACAGUGAAUUAUGUCAACCCUAUUAUGUAGGUAACAAAUAUAGAAUAUAUUGUAUGAUGGCCAGUGUUUAUGUAUAACAUGUAUAGUUAUGGAUGUUUUCUGAUAGUUGCUUAUCUUAAGAUUAAAUAUAAGAAAAAAUCAUAUUAACGUGACUCAGUAGUAACAUUUCCAUCAUAUUUAAUGAAAUCCAUGUACGCUUAGCCAUAACGAUAGCUAGUCAUGUGUGUAUGUUAUAGUGCAAAACACAAAUUUUUAAACGUAGGGUACUUUUUCUAGGUAUGUCAUGUGUAUUUCUGCUUUUUGAUUGAUAUUUAGUCAAUUUCAAAGUAAUAAAAAUUCAGGGUGUUGCCCAUUUAGUUUCAUAGAUCCGUGCUACUCUUUGUAGAUUUUCUCAUUCGAAGCGUGGCAUAUUGCUUUGUCUGGUGUCAUCCAUGUUGUCCACGGCAUGUUUGUCUAAUAUUUGAUAAACCAGUAACUAAUGACUAGAGGAGAGCACAACACUUGGUAUGCACAAUUUUCAUGGUCAAUAGAUGACUCCUAUUGAGUGUGGGGUCAGUGGUCUUAGGUCAAAUUCUUGGUGGACAUAAGUAGAAAAAUGAUGGGUGCUCCAAACCGGCAAUACAGCCAACUUGGAGAAUUUCUCUCUUAACAUGCGGUCUGCAAAUUCCUUUUUUUCUUAUAGAUGUAAAUUUUAGAUUACAGUGUUUCUUUUUUUCUUCUUAUUUUAUCAACUCUUAACAAGUCAACUAGUACAGAUACCUGUGUAUGUUUUAAGGCAUUUUGUUGCUAUUUUCACAAGUCAUAGGGCACUGGCCCAACACCAUUUUUCAUUAUUGUUUUUUUAUGGAUGGUUUGGAUAUACCCAUGAACAUGUCUAAAGAAAUGGUUAGUCCCAAGAAAUCUUCACCUUAACAAAGAUUGAAAACAGUAUCUUUCAGAUUUAUUUCUCUUACAAGUCAUGCUGGAUAGAAUCUCGUUAUAGAAAUUUUUCAUGAUAAAUCAGGGCUUCAGUUAACAAGUGGUAAAUAAUAAAUUAUUUUCAUGUGUUAAGCUCACUUUACCUACAUGUAUAAGUAUUACAAGUGAGAAUUAUAAGUUAAAAUGGGUUUGUGUUUGUAACAUGCCAUAUUUUGUUGUGUUUGUUGACUCCAUAUGUUAUUGUGCGGGAAUUACUAUUUAAAUUUAUGUUCUGCUUUUUAAAAUGGAAUAUUAUGUGCAAUAAAAGAAAAAACAUA